UAAAAUAAUAUAAAGAACCCCGUUACACGCCAUUUUGUAGCGUCAAAUCCCAAAAAUUGAAUCAUCCGUGGAGGAAUGGAAGGAGCUGUAUCGUCGUGCAUCUUCUGCCAAAUCGCCCGCUCUGCCACCUCAACCACUCUUCUCCACAAGGAUGAUAGGGUCGUUGCUUUUCAAGAUAUAAAUCCAUCUGCAUUCAGGUCUCUGUCUAAUUUUUCACAUUUUCAUUUGUUUUCAGUAUGCUUAAUUGGGGGCUUAUCAAUUACCCCCCCCCCCCCCUUUCACCCCCCCCCCCCCAAAGGGGGACAGAGAUCCAAAGACUUUUUAUUAGUCAGUCACAUGCUAAAUGUGGGGCAGAAUCUAGUGCAAAGAGACGCACCUCACGCCAAGAGAUACAGAUUCGGUUUUCAUCAGCCUCCAUUAAACAGUGUCAAUCAUCUGCACCUCCAUUGUUUUGCACUUCCCUUUAUCCCCAGGUGGAAACGGGUAAAAUACUCGUCUUUGGGACCCUUUGGAGGAUUUAUUGAAGCUGAUAAAUUGUUGGACAGGAUAAAGCCUUUAUAUCCUCUUUGAUGAUCUGUUCUCCAAUCAAUCUGAUUUCCAAAUGAAAGCCUUUCCAUCCACGAAUUUUUCCAAGAUUUUUUGCAUGACAAAAUACUUUGGUGGUUCUCUUGAGGUAGUUUUUUAUUCUGAGAAAAAGGCGAGUCCUUUAUCCUCUCUGCUGAACCAAUGUUGUGAAUUCAAAAUCCACUAUAGAAGUACUAUCCUACUUGGGUGAACAGCUAAAACUGAAUUCUCUUUGUUUCUAAUCUUACAUUAGAAGGUGGUUGUCAGUGUGAGUGCUCAAGAUCUGCGAUAUCUUUCUGUAUAGAAUUGAAUUACAGUAUCAUAAUUAUAUGUCUGAAAGUUUCAGUUUUUCACUCU